AGGUCGAGCUUGGUUUCCCGUUGGCUGCCGUGCCGCUGGGGGAAGGCGCCUUUUUCACGCAGACGGAAGCGGCUGCUGCGGCGCGGCAGGAGGUAUCUGGACAAUGGAGAAGACUUUGAACAGAAUUCAUCCAGUUUCUGAUCCAGAAGCAACAUAUUUUCUACAAGUGUCAUGGAAAAAAGAUUUAGGUGCUGGCUUUGGUAUAACACUAAGUGAUGGUCAAUGUGCAUGGACUGGGGCAGUGUCCGAAGCUGAAAUUUCUAGGGAGGCUGCUGACAUGGAAAUGAACAGAGAAAAGUAUGUUGAAGAACUGAAGAAAGCAUUGAUAGCUGGAGAAGAAUCAGUUGGCAGAUACAACUUUGCUGUUUCAAGGGAUGAUGAAAAUAUGGAGUGUCACUUCUCCUAUGAAAGAAAUCUGAAGGAUGGCUCUAGCAGUGGGAUUUUAUGUUGAGAGCUUCUUUCUGGAAUGAUCUCAAAUAUGGAUAGUCAAAAUGCAGUGCUGCCAAUUUCCAGGGAAAUCCAAGUAAGAACAAGAUAUUCCAGCUGCCAAACAGAGCUGGCUUUUCAUGUUACUGUUUUCUCUGCCACAACAACCCAUCCAUUGGACCAGAUGUGCUGCAUCCGAGGGUGCCUAGAGAGCUGCCUUUUAUGAAAGUGCUCCCUAUAGAAUUCAAAAUCCUACAGACUGGGAGAGAGAUCCCAAACAGCUGGAGAAUGUCAAACCUUCCACCAGCCUUCAGAAAAUAAUGGAUUGAUGCUCCAAAAACUACAGGUCAGUC